AUGGAGCUACCGAAUAAGCAUUUGAUAGUGUUCAGCUCGUUUUUCCUCGUUUACGUUGAAGUUAUAAUUCUUCUCUCAUGCUUCAACCUACAAGGUCUUUACUCGGUUGGUUUAGCAGUUCCUUUAGUUAGUGGAAAUAACACAGAUCAACAAGCUUUACUCGAGUUCAAAGCCAAGAUAACUGGUGAUCAGCUCAGCGUUAUGCAUUCCUGGAAUAGUUCCAUCCAUUUCUGCCAAUGGCAUGGUGUUGCAUGCGGUCGCAGACAUCAAAGAGUCACCAGGUUGGAAUUGCAAUUCCAGAAACUCACGGGAUCUCUAUCACCAAACGUUGGAAAUUUGAGCUUUCUCAGGGUGUUGAAUCUUGCAGGCAACAGCUUCAACAACGAAAUUCCUCAAGAAAUUGGACAUUUAAGAAGGUUGGAAAUAUUUCAAUUGCCCAAUAACUCCAUCAAUGGUAAAAUUCCUUCCAAUUUAUCUGGUUGUUCUAAGCUUAGAGGUUUUGAUAUUAGAAGCAACCAACUGACUGGAGAAAUACCGGGUUUGCUUGGUCUCUUGUCAAAACUAAAAUAUUUAAGUUUUUUCAAUAACAGUUUAACAGGGAGUAUCCCACCUUCCUUGGGGAACAUAUCGUCUUUGGAGACACUUGUUUUGGGUAAGAAUGAACUGAAUGGGGUUAUUCCUGGAUCUCUUGGGCAACUGACAAAUCUUUCAUUUUUUUCUAUAGCAGAAAAUGCAAUUUCUGGAAUUGUUCCUGUCUCAAUUUUCAAUCUCUCUAAGAUUACAAAUUUGAUAUUGGCGUUAACAAGAUUCAAGCUGGAUAAACUAUCACGAUUGCGCAUAUUGAAAAACCAUUUUGGAGAUGGGGGAGUAAGAGACUUAAACUUUCUCUGUUCUUUAUCCAAUACUGCCAAACUAGAAGAACUAGACAUGGGCCAAAAUAAUUUUGGAGGGGUAUUACCCGAGUGCAUUAGCAAUUUGUCUAGCACCAUUUUGUUUCUAGCAAUACUACAGAACCAAAUAUUGGGAAGAAUUCCAGCAGGGAUUGAAAAUCUCAUCAAUUUGGAGUUACUAGAUGCAUCAAAUAAUCUGCUAUCAGGUUCUAUUCCCCUUGUUAUUGGAAGGCUUCAGAAGCUAAAGAAAUUUUAUGCUCAUUAUAAUCAUUUUCUCUCUGGGCCUAUUCCCCCUUCUAUUGGAAAUUUGACAAUGGUAACCCAACUUUAUUUAAAUAGUAACAAUCUUCAGGGCAACAUUCCUCGAAGUCUAGUUAACUGCAAAAGUUUGGUUGCAUUGGAUCUUUCUCAUAACAAUCUAAAUGGAUCUAUACCCCCUGAAGUAAUUGGACUCUCAUCAUUGUCCAUUCUUAUAAACUUAUCAUCCAAUCAUUUGACCGGUAUGCUUCUUGUUGAAGUAGGAAAUCUGAAAAAUCUGAGUAGUUUGGAUGUUUCUCAUAAUAGGUUAUCCGGUUUGCUUCCAAACAAUCUUGGUAGCCGUGUAAGGCUGGAGUACCUGUUCUUGGAUGGCAAUUUGUUCGAAGGGCCCAUUCCUUCAUCUUUGAGUUCAUUGAGAGGUCUUAUGGCAUUAGACAUAUCUGACAAUAAUCUUACUGGUGAGAUUCCAGAAUUUCUUGUGAGCUUUGGGUCAUUACAGUAUUUAAAUUAUCUUUCAAUGAUUUUGAGGGUAUGA